AUGACGCAGGGUCCGGGCGGCCGCGCGGCCCCCGAGCCCGAGGCGCCCACCACGUUCUGCGCGCUGCUGCCGCGCGUGCCGCUCUGGAAGCUCGCGGCGCCCGGCGGCAUCCUGGGCCGAGCCCCGCCGCGCGCGGGCACCCCGGAGCCGCAGCCCGAGCCCGCCGCGCCCGCGCUCCUCCCCGCUGUGCUGGGCGCCUGCGAGCCGCGCUGCGCCGCGCCCUGUCCGCUGCCCGCGCUCGGCCGCUGCCGGGGCUCCGGGGCGCGCGGCACGCGGGGCGCCCCCGACGCCGCCGAGUGGGCGCGCAAGGGCGGCUUCAUCCACAAGCCCGCGCACGGCUGGCUGCACCCUGAUGCCCGCGUCCUGGGGCCCGGGGUCUCCUACGUCGUUCGGUACAUGGGCUGCAUCGAGGUGCUUCGAUCCAUGCGCUCCCUGGAUUUCAACACCAGGACCCAGGUGACCAGGGAAGCCAUCAACCGUCUGCACGAGGCUGUGCCUGGCGUCCGCGGCUCCUGGAAGAAGAAGGCCCCCAACAAGGCGCUGGCUUCCAUCCUGGGCAAGAGCAACCUCCGUUUCGCGGGCAUGAGCAUCUCAGUUAACAUAUCUGUGGACGGCCUCAACCUCUCUGUGCCGGCCACACGCCAGACCAUUGCCAACCAUCACAUGCAGUCCAUCUCCUUUGCGUCGGGUGGCGACACGGACAUGGCAGAUUACGUGGCCUAUGUUGCCAAGGACCCAAUUAAUCAGAGAGCCUGCCACAUCUUGGAAUGUUGUGAGGGCCUUGCCCAGAGUGUCAUCAGCACCGUGGGCCAAGCCUUCGAGCUCCGCUUCAAGCAGUACCUGCACAGUCCUCCCAAGGCCGUCGUGCCCCCCGAAAGGUUGACAGGGCUGGAGGAGUCAGCCUGGGGAGAUGAGGACGAGGCCACGGAACACAACUACUACAACAGCAUUCCCGGGAAGGAGCCACCCCUGGGCGGUCUGGUGGACUCCAGACUGGCGGUCACACAGCCCUGCGCACUGGCGGCCCUUGGACAGGGAACAUCGCCUGUGAGGAGAGAUGCCCGUGCCUUGCAGUGGGACCUGGGUCCCCCUGGUCUGGAGGAGGACACAGGCACAGGGAGACAAGUGACCAUGUCCACAGAGGCCCUCCCAGGGGAUGGCUAUGUGCAGGCAGAUGCCCGUGGCCCCCGUGACUAUGAGGAGCACCUGUAUGUCAACACCCAGGGUCUGGACCCAGCAGAGUUUGAGGGUGCCCCUGAGGCUACUUUGCCAGAGGACAGCCCCAAGAAGGACUUAUUUGACAUGCGACCCUUCGAGGAUGCUCUGAAGCUUCAUGAGUGCUCCGUGGCGGUGGGUGUGACAACAUCCCCUCUUACCUUGGAAGACCAAUGGCCCAGUCCCCCCACACGCCGGGCUCCCAUUGCACCCACUGAAGAGCAACUGAGACAGGAACCUUGGUACCAUGGCCGCAUGAGCCGCCGGGCGGCCGAGAAGCUGCUUCGUGCCGAUGGGGACUUCCUUGUGCGAGACAGUGUCACCAAUCCUGGGCAGUAUGUCCUUACAGGCAUGCACGCUGGGCAGCCCAAACACCUGCUGCUGGUGGACCCUGAGGGCGUGGUGCGGACGAAAGACGUGCUCUUCGAGAGUAUCAGCCAUCUCAUUGACUACCACCUGAAGAACGGUCAGCCCAUCGUGGCCGCCGAGAGCGAGCUGCACCUGCGCGGUGUGGUCUCCCGGGAGCCCUGAGCCAGGUGACUGACGGCUCUCAGACCGUGCCUGCCUCCAGACGCUCCUGGUAUGGCCUUGCAGGCUCUCAGCCUUUCUCUUGGACCCUGUCAGCCUGGAACUACCAGAAUCAGAACCCACCACAUCUCUCCUUUCUCCGCAUGAGCCUCAGGAAGCCUCUUCCUUCCAGCUGUGUGCUCAGAGGGCCAGUGAGCCGGUUGGAGCCCCUGCCCUGCCCUGCCAUGCCUGCCCCGCACUGGGGCGAGGCCCUCUAAACCAAAGACAGACCAAGUCGCCUUUAACAAAAAGACAUCCACACGCAGGCAUUGUGGGGAGCCCUGGCCUUGGGUCUUCCAUGGGCAGAAAUGGCACUCUUUCCUCCUGGCUGGACAGCGAGCUGUGUCCCUGGGAUGGAGGGUGAGGCCCCAUGGACACAGACUCCUUCCCUGGCUGGGAUUUAUUUUCCCACCUCGGGAACCAGGUGCAGCAUUCAUUGCCUUUGAAUGGGAGGGAGGCCGUGGAAUUAAGGUGCUUUGGGGUUUCGAGCCUCUGCGAGGGAACAGCCCUGGGGCUCACCUGGGUUGGUGGAGCACUGACGAGGCCAGUGUGAGGACCUGUCCACCCGGGGCAGGAGGAAGCACAGUGGCGUGUGCUGUUUACCCAUCGCCUUCCCAACUGUCACCCCCUGUGGACGAUUGGCUGUAUGUCAUUAACUCGAACAACAACAGCAUCUCGUUGAGUGUGAGCUGCUGGGAGGGUGCCCAGGGGCUGAGGGGGAAGGUGUGCUAACGCCUGCGGCUGGAGGGGACCAUGGGAAGGACUGUGGGGGGGGGGGUCUCUCCUCCCAGCCCCUUCCCACUCUCCCAGAUGCCUCUGUUUUUAUUCUGAGAUAAAGCUUGCUUCUCUGUCCAGUG